AUGCAAAUUUUUCGUUUUCGAUCUCGUAGGUCCGAGACAACCAUUUACGCAUACGAUGCUCUUAUUUACCAGAACUACGAAAGCGAAGUCAAAGUAAAGGGAACACCCCUUGGCUACGUAUUUAGUCAGCUCGACAAUGUUAUUGGCGGCUGGGACUCAGUCUUGAGCGCAUCUUCGCGCUUUCUUGCUUCAUUCCGCGUCGAGGUGCUCGAAGAGCGUCUCAGUACAGACCGCAGCGUCGUUCGGAGCCUGGUCGUUGCCGCCCAACACUGGGAAGAGUUCCGCAAGGUCUUGAAUACCCAACUGCAGCGCCUUGAAUUCCUAGAAAAUGUAUAUGGCGACCCUAGGUGGGCUGAGGGUCGUGAGAACCAGUUCGAAACACUAUCUCUUGCUUCUGCAUACUUGCAAAAGCUUAAGGCCGUAGACUUUAGAAUACAGACCGAGUUAAUGCAAGAGACAGAUAGCCUUAUUCAGCGUGUCACAAACCUGAUAUCCAUUGACGAAGGCUAUCGAUCCAGGGAUCAGAAUGAGAGCAUCAGGCGAUUAACGUGGAUCACGUUUAUAUUCCUCCCACUCGUUUUCACUUCGGCGCUUUUCAGCAUGCAAAUCGAAAUCUUCACGGACCGGUCCCCUUGGCAAUACUACAUAUAUGUAUCCCUCGUUUUAAUGGCCCUGGUCUUUUGUGCCUAUUCUAUCCUGCGUUCCAGACGACGCGUUUUUUCCAUCGGCAUAGCCCUCGUCAGGUAUCCAGUCCGCAUACUGUAUGAUUUGACUCUUUUCAUAUUCCGGCGAUUUGUGGCAGGGAGUCCUACAGAGGACAAGACCGACGUCGAAAAGGAUGGCAAGUAUUUGAUUAAUGAAACUUCUACUGCCAUGGUCUUGAAAUGGGCAGCGAGAUCCGGCAAUGUGGAUACCUUACGCAACAUCCUCCAGGCUGGUAGGAGUGAAGGCAAGACAAAUAGCCCAGGCGCGUCCGGUGAGGCUCUGGUGAUGGCCAUCCAAAAUGGACACGUGGAAGCGGCAAAUAUACUCAUCGAGACGAAGGAGGGAUUGUUGUACGAAGAUGAAAACGGCGCCACGCCUCUACACUGGGCUGCGAAAGGUGGGCACUCAUCAAUAUGUCAGACACUGCUCCAACAUGGCGCCAAGCCCAACGCACGAAAUCUGGCCCUCGAAACGGCUCUGGACUGGGCUAUGGAUGGUGGUGAUGAGCGAACAAUCAACCUACUACUAAAGGGUGACAAGAAGUUUAGCCGCCUAGAUACCCUUAACCUACAAUCCCUCCACUUUAGCGCCCGUAUCGGAGACCUGGAUCGGGUGAAAGAGUUGUCCGAAAAGGGUAGCAGUCUCGAGAUGCGCGAUAAUAAGGGACAAACCACGCUAUUUCAUGCCGUUAAAGGAAGACAGCAUGCCAUUGUGAAGUGGUUGCUCAAGGAGGGCAAGGCCAAUGUCCAUGCCGUUGACAAAGAUGGUCUUUCAGCACUACAUGUCGCAGCACGACUGUUCGACGACAAGAUUGUCUCGUGGCUAAUCAAAAGCCGUGCUGAUGUCAAUGCACUCUCAAAUUUGCAUUUGACUCCUUUACACAUGAUUGCCGAUGCGAGCCAUCGUGAUAUGCUCCUAAUGUCCAAAAGUAGCGGCCUCCUCGUCCUAGAUCUACUAUGCGACAACGGCGCGAACAUCAACGCAGAGAAUAAAGAUGGCAGCCGCAUUACACAUCAAGCAGCGAGCGCCAGUUCAAUGGGCAGGGAACUACUCGAAGCAGCGAGCAGUCACGGCGCAGACCUCAACGCCCAAGACUUGGCUGGAAACUCGCCUGCCCACAGCGCUGCGGCAUGUGGUUCUCAACAGAGCCUAGAAUUUCUCUCCGGAAAGUCGGUGGACAUCAUCCAUUGCCGGAACGCAGCUGGUUACACACCUCUCAUGACAGCUGCGCUGCGCGGCCAGACCGCUGUCAUGCAGUACUUACUGGACUUGGGGGCCAGCUAUUCUCUGGCAGAUGCUGGCGGCCACUCGCUCGUCGAAUUGAGCAUUGGAUGGGGGAAUCCCGCCGUCAUGUCUGUCCUGCGUGGUGCCGGCGCCGAAUACGGUCCCGGCGCCGAAUACGGUCAGUUGACAGAGGACGCGCAUCCGGUAUGGGAGGCUGUCCGGAAUGGGCAGUCUGGGGCUGUAUUGGAGCAGCUCCUAGCAGGCGGUCUCAGUGUGGAACAUUCGCACAAUAGCGUGCGACUCCUGCACCGAGCCUUGGAGUCGGGCAAUGUUGAGGCGGCGACGGUCCUGUUAGAACGAGGUGCUGUUGUGGAUGCCGUCGACUCGUAUGGCUGGACGGCACUGCACUCAGCUGCCUUCGGAGGCAAGGUUGCGCCGCUGCUGCUUGUGUUGCAACGCGUACAGGACAGGGCACCCAAAGACAACCAAGGGUGGACUCCGUUAAAUAUAGCCGCCUUCUACAAACACACCGAGGUAGAAAAAGUGCUGGACCCGGAAGGCAAGAUGGAACGCGUUGCCCCGGCGUAUGCGUUGGCUUUGGCACCUUGGUUCAAGGCCACGGCGUCUUCCCAGCCUGAGGUCGGUCCACGGAGUAUAAAAGGCCUGGUCGAGGCACCUGGAGAUUAG